UCAUGUCCUCUUCGAGAAGGACGGACGACACCAACCGACCAACCAACCAAGUACCUCACCGCACUUCGCCCCACCCACUCGAGUGUCCCACCUCCCCGCGCUCCUCUGCGCCGACCUCCCACCUGACGUGUGCGCGCGCGGUGAUCUCAGUACCCAAUCACCACAAGCUGCCCUUCUAGGCCACGCCCACACGCGCGCGCCCCGCCACAAUCCCUGCCCCCAUCGCCCAGUCCCUCGCGGGCCCGCGCCCCUCGCCCCGCCCCCACGUGGCCGCGCUCCGGGCCCCACCCCGCCUGUGCCUCUGGGUGAAAAACCUGCUGCCUCCGCUGCUUCUGUCUGCGUGGGAGAGAGCCGGAGAGAUCGAGAGAGAGCGCGAGCGAGCCCCGCCUGCCUAGCCCACGCUGCUAUGCUGGACAGCCAGACUAUUCUGAUCGCCAGCGCCCUGCUGCUGCUGCUUCUGGCCUGGAAGUUCAGAAGACUCUUGGUUUUUUUCUGGCAUAAAGGAGUCCUGCAGUUCAUGAAAGACUUCAUGUCAGGCAUGAGCAAAGAGGAGCGAAUCCUGGACUGGGUGAAGCAGCAUGCGGUGGUGGGCGACCCCCAGAGUGUGGUGGACGCCAUGGACGUGUACUCUCGCCAGAAGGAGUGGUCCAUGCACGUGGGCGAUAUCAAAGGUGUGAUCGUGGACAAGGUCAUGGAGGAGGUCAAGCCCCAGAUCCUGCUGGAGCUGGGAACGUACUGCGGCUACUCGGCCGUGAGGAUGGCCCACCUGCUGCCCCCUGGCGGGCACCUCUUCACCAUCGAGUUCAACGAGAGCUUUGCGACCAUUGCCCAGCAGGUCAUCGAGGUGGCCGGCCUGCGAGAUAAGAUCUCUAUACUGAAAGGGCCCUCCCAGGAAAUCAUCCCCCAGCUGAAGAAGAAGUAUGAAAUCAAUUCAGUCGAUAUGGUCUUCCUGGACCACUGGAAGUCCCGCUAUCUUCCGGACACCAAGCUCCUAGAGGAGAACGGCAUCAUUCGGAAGGGGACGGUGCUCCUGGCCGACAAUGUCAUUUGCCCCGGGGCUCCAGACUUUCUGGAGUACGUCCGGAACAGCAAGCGUUAUGAAUGCACCACCUACCCCGUGGAGAACAUACGCGUGAAUGACGCUUUGGAGAAGGCGGUGUUCUUGGGCUGAGGGCGGUGCCUGGGCAGGGGCGGGGGGAGAGGCCGGGGAGAGCCACGGCGGGAGGAGGAGGGGGCGGGCCUGGGCCAGGGCCCCCAGGGCCUCACCAGCCUUUUCUACCUUCUUCAAAUAAAAAAGCUGUACUCCAAA